AUGGAGGCAGUGGGAGAGGCUGUGGAGCCAGAAGUUGAGGCUGUGGAGCCUGAAGUGAGUGUGGAGGCAGUAGGAGUGACUGUGGAGUCAGAAGUUGAGGCUGUGGAGCCUGAAGUGAGUGUGGAGGCAGUGGGAGAGGCUGUGGAGCCUGAUGUGAGUGUGGAGCCGGAAGUUGAGGCUGUGGAGCCUGAAGUGAGUGUGGAGGCAGUGGGAGAGGCUGUGGAGCCUGAAGUGAGUGUGGAGGCAGUGGGAGAGGCUGUGGAGCCUGAAGUGAGUGUGGAGCUAGUGGGAGAGGCUGUGGAGCCUGAAGUGAGUGUCGAGGCAGUAGGAGAGGCUGUGGAGCCUGAAGUGAGUGUGGAGGCAGUGGGAGAGGCUGUGGAGCCUGAAGUGAGUGUGGAGGCAGUGGGAGAGGCUGUGGAGCCUGAAGUGAGUGUGGAGGCAGUGGGAGGGGCUGUGGAGCCAGAAGUAGAGGCUGUGGAGCCUGAAGUGAGUGUGGAGGCAGUGGGAGAGGAUGUGGAGGCAGUGGGAGAAGAUGUGGAGUCAGAAGUUGAGGCUGUGGAGCCUGAAGUGAGUGUGGAGACAGUGGGAGAGGCUGUGGAGCCUGAAGUGAGUGUGGAGACAGUGGGAGAGGCUGUAGAACUAGAAAUGAGUGUGGAGGCAGUGGGAGAAGCUGUAGAGUCUGAAGUAGAGGCUGUGGAGCCUGAAGUGCGUGUGGAGGCAGUGGUAGAGGCUGUAGAGUCUAUUGUAGGGGCAGUGGAGCUGAGAGUAGGUAUGGAUCCCAUGGUAGUUGUAGAGUCUUCGGAAGUGGUUGAAGAGGCUAUGGUAGGGCUUGUGCUAGUCUCUGACGCUGCAGUAUUCGCUGCAGUAACCAAAGUUGAGUUUUCUGUAAGAAGAUGAGGGUUAGAAAGGAGCUUCUGGGGCUCCCACAAUGCACUUCCCCUUGGCACCCCUCGCCCAGGUCUUCAUCAGAUUGAAUGCUGGAGCUCGGACUGAAGGACUGCUAUCAAAACACUAACUUUUCCUGUAUAACCUCAAGUCAGUCACUUAACUUCCCUGAACCUCAGUUUUCUUAUCUGUGAAAUGAGUGUUGUUUCAGCAGGCUCCUGAGGUCUCUUCUUCGUCUAGAUCUAUGAUCCUAGGAUAUCCAAUCAUCAAGGGCCCUGGAAAGCGAGGUCCAUUUUGGACUAUCCUUAUGUCUUAACUGGGAGUCAUCACCAUGUGGUCAUCACUACCACCUCCAUCAUCAAUGUCAUCAAUCAUAUCAGAAGCCUUAAAAGCCUUUCCUCCUCUGCAAGCAGCUGGGUGGUUCAGUAGAUUUCGAGCCAGACCCAGGUCCUGAGUUCAAAUUUGACCUCAGACACUCCCUAGCUGGAUGACCCUGGGCAAGUCACUUCACCCCCAUUGCCUAGCCCUGACUGUUCUGCCAUGGAACCAAGACACAAUAUUGAUUCUACGAUGGAAGAUUCCAGGAAAUGUUCACCCACUGAUCCCCAUUCAUCUGUGAGCAGAGAGACUAAGAAUGCCUCCUAGCCUUGCUCAGUGUCGGAACCCUGGCAUCAACACCUUCUUAAUAAUGUGGAGAACCCCCAGCCCCUUCCCAUGCAGCCUUCUAGAAUUCCUUACCUACUGUCCAAGAAGCUAGGAGGAAGAGGCCAAAGGACCCAGGAUCAUCAUGAAUCUGAAGUUGCGGGAUUCUUUUCCUGGGAACCUCUCACAAGUCCCCCAUUUCCAGGAGUUUCUGGAGAAGGUCUGUUACCUCUUGAACAGCCCAUUAGGGACCAAUAUCACCCUCCGAAGCCCAAGGUUACCUCAUCAUGUCACCUGCUAAAGCAGAUAAUGGCAGCAGUGAUACCCAUAACCAUACCCUAAACUUCUCCUCCCCUCAGAUGUCCAAACACCCAAAUGAUGGAGUUGAGGGCUAAUGCUUUGACUAGCCUUAAUAAAGAUGUGGAUAUUGACUUGA